AAUUGUACAAGCUUUUUCCCAAACAACUACUCAUCGUCAGUAAAACCCCGCCAAAUUUCUCUCUCUCGAUCAAGCCAAAGCCGCCGGCUACCUGGUUCCGAUCAAAACCCGCCGGCAGGUUGGGAUUCUAUGAGGGCGCUCCGUCUUCGUUCUCAUACCAAGGUUUGGAGUCAAUUAUCACCAUUUCAGAGUUUGGUCCCCUUCUCUUCUUCUACAGCCUCUGCUAACCCUAGCUCUUCGAACUCCUCCUUCGACAAAGCCGAAGGCGGUAGCGGAGUCUACCGGAACACCCUCCAGUCUCAACGUCCCUCUUCGAUCACAUGGCGGAAGGAGUUUCGGAACUCCGCCAGCUUUAUUGGCACCGUGGAUCAACCCGUCAAGGUGUUAAGCUCUGAUGGCGAUAGUAUUUGUGCUUACACUGUUCUCACUGUCAGCAGCUCCAAUCAAUCAAAUGGCGCUCUUAGGAUAGUGUUAAACCUGCGGGAUGAGAUGGGAAAACUAUGUCUCAACCAUUUGAAACCGAAUGAUAUCAUUUAUGUUUCCGGUCCUCUUGGGACUUUCACGAAGGCUGAUCAGAAUGGUAACCUCAGUCUACGCUAUAAGGUGAUAGUGAAGGAGUUGAAUUAUGUGAUGCAAAGAUGCGGUUCAGCCAGUCGAAAGAAUGAAGAACAGGAAUCCAACAAAGGUGAAACCGUUUUCGAGAAGUACAAAAAUCGUCUACACUUGUGGCAAGUGUUUUUCUCCAACCCAUAUGAAUGGUGGGAUAAUCGAAAAUGUAAAGUAAAUCCGUUGCUCCCUGAUUUUAAGCACAAGGAUACUGGUGAAGCACUAUGGUUAAGCCCAAAUGAUCCUCCGUGGAUUAAGAAACAGCUUGAAAAACUUGACUCAAUUAUUGCAGAACAUGGCCCAUUUGAACGAAUAGGACGCCGAGCCCGUGUUUCUGAGUGGGAGUAUGAUGCAUAGGGACGAGGUGUCAAAAGAAAGAAUGGUGGUAUUAUAGCCUUAGUGCAUGAGUUUUAUGUGCUUACUUACUCCACCGGUGAAUGCAAGCUAUCACAGACAAUUCAAAUAUUUGACCAGGUUAUGUUUUAUACUGUAAAGUCCUUAUAUUGUAUAUACUAAUUAUGCAUGAAACAUGAUAGUGUAUUACUGAUAGAAACAACUUACAGUGUUUUACCAUUUAUGUGUGUUUUUAAUUACAAUAGAGCCUGAUCAUCUCAGGGGAUCAAGUUUUAGACUAGAAUAUAUUAAGGGUUUAUGCCUUUUUGGACUUUGUGUUUUUUUCCAUUACCUGUUUGGACCCUGUGUUUUGACAAAUUAUUUUUUGGACCCAAUAUUUUGUAAAAUAGUUAAAAUAGAACCCUAAACCCGAUUUUGGUCAAUGUUUUCUCAACUAAAAUCACAAAUAAUUUAUCAAACUAACAUUUCAGAACAAAAAUAAAAUCAUUCUGCUUAAAAACUGUGUUGUUAUAUUCAAUUUUUUCUUCGUUUACGGUUCUAUUUUAACAAUUUUACAAAACAUAGGGUCCAAAAAGUAAUUUGUCAAAACACAGUGUCCAAACAGGUAAUGGGGAAAAACACAUGGUCUAAAAAGGUAUAAACCCAUAUAUUAAUUACAAGGUUUGAGGUUGGAGUUUAUCCUGAUACCUCCAUAACAAUUGCUUUAGGUUAUUUUCUAUGUUGCAGAUACAAUAAUUGUUGACUGUGUUUCAAUAGAUUUUUCUUGUCAAUAUAUGACAAAUAACAGAGAAAUGAAACUCUCUGUAAACAUAACAAA